AUGGAUCUUCCAGUUGUAGUUGAUUCGAACGACGAUGAAAUAGUCUCCCACGAACUAGAGCAAAUGAGGAUCAUAUUGGAUGAGGCGAUUUUGGAAACGCGCAGCAUCCCUCUAGAAAAUCGACCGCGACUUCCCCGAAUACCCCUAAGCAAGCGAAAUCGGGCUGUCGUUAGGGCUCUUAACCCAAUGCUGGUGACCUAUUUGGAAGCCAACCGGGACCUUUGCGAGACGGAUUCAAUACUUUUUGGCGCCGCAGUGGCAGUUUUCCGUAUUAUUGGCGCCAAUCUUCCCAUGGCUGGACGCACCACUAGACAAAGUAGCGCCAUCCCAGCCUGGAGAAAAAGAAUCGAGGACAUCGCAAAGGCAAGGGCCCUUAUCGGCAGACUGACAAGUUUCAGGUCGGGUAAUUAUAGACCGAGGAUUGUGCGCACCGUUAGGAUGGCAUUUGCUGGGACAAAUAUCAGUUUGUCCUAG